ACUAGACCAAACCUAAGGCUAUAAUUUUCUUUAUGACUCGCUCAUUAUCACACAAAUCUGUCAUCUUUUGUACAGUAUGGUUUUAAUGCUGUACAGUUAGUCAAAUCAGCGACUGAAGUCAGCCUUUUGUACCUUUUCUCGAAUGUUUCAACAGUACGAUUGUGCUUGUUUUCGCCAGAGCACGCGCAUGCGCUAUUCAGCACUGUCGGCCUAACCCUAAACCCUCUCUGCCUAAAAACGCCUGCGGGGCCCCGGGGAAUAGAAACUUUGAUUCGAGACGUUUUUCAACGCGUUUUCUCUUAGUUGUUUGCGGUCCUCCUGUGGUUUCCCCCAGACGUCAAUCACAAGCUUGUCGAUCGCCGAGACGCGCAAAGAUGGCGGACGAUACUUUUGGAAGAGGCAAAUUUCCGUGCCUUUUAAUUCUAUUUCAGGGUCUCCUUCUUAUCCUGUUCGUUGUGUUUGUCGACUACAGUAAAGAUGUUCUUCCAGAUGCACAGAAUACGUUAAAAAUCAAUACGGAUUUUCCAGUUUUUCAAGAUAUCCACGUCUUGCUGCUCGUCGGGUUCGGUUUGCUAAUGACUUUCCUCAAGAAGUAUGGUUUUAGCGGUUUGGGGUAUAAUUUCCUCAUCUGCGCUGUUGUGAUGGAGUGGGCGACACUUAUGCAGGGAUUUUUUGAAAUGGAGAAUAAUAAAAUUCAACUUGACAUUGACAGUAUGAUCAAAGGCGAUCUAGCUGCAGUGACCAUCCUCGUCUCAUUUGGUGCAGUCCUCGGCAAGACAAGCAGCCUACAACUUCUCCUAAUGUCAUUCAUUGAGGUUAUAUUCUACACCAUAAACAGAACAAUAUGUACAACUUAUUUACAAGCGGUAGAUCCUGGGGGUGCAGUGCUGGUGCAUGCUUUUGGAGCAUAUUUUGGGCUCACUGUCGCUCGUGUACUCUAUAAUAAGAACUCUGUGGCUCACGAAAAGGAGGCAUCCAGAUACACAUCUGACCUUUUUGCCACUUUAGGUACCAUUUUCCUUUGGGUUUACUGGCCAAGCUUUAACUCCAUUCUAGUCCAGGGAGUAUUGCGGCACAGAGCUGUAGUAAACACAUACUAUGCCAUGGCUGCAAGCUGUGUUACUGUGUUUGCAUUCUCAUCUUUAGUGACUAAGGCAUCUAAGCUAAGUAUGGUUCACAUACAAAAUGCGACUCUAGCUGGUGGUGUGGCAGUUGGGACGAUAGCAUCAAUGAUUAUCCACCCUUGGGGAGCUAUUCUGCUUGGGAUGGUUGGCGGUAUCAUCAGUACAAUUGGAUACAAAUAUAUACAGCCCUGGUUGAUAAGAACACUACACAUCCAUGACACAUGUGGUGUUAACAGUCUCCAUGGAAUGCCUGGCAUUUUAGCAGCCAUUGCUAGCAUUGUGUCAUCGGGUCUGGCAGGGUUUGGACAAUACAAAACAAGUCUGUAUACAGUAUUCCCUGCCCGUUCUCCAGUCAUAAACAGUACCCAGUACCUGGAACUUGUGCAGUUUGUCCCUGAUGCAAGGGCGGGGCUAGGUCGCACUGCCACGGAACAAGCUGGGUACCAGUGUGCUGCAUUGGUAAUGACGCUUGCCGUAUCAUCAAUGGGAGGGCUUAUAACAGGUUUCAUAGUAAAGCAGUCAUUCUUUGACCCUAUGACAGAGGACCGCAUGUAUGAUGACUUGCACUACUGGGAGGUUCCUGAGGAUUAUUACCCCACUCAUGAAGGACUUCUUUUACCACCUCACUGUCCAGUCAAUGGAGGACUAGGCAGUGGUAUGUCAAGUGUCCAGGAAACCCCAUCUUCAGCCAUCCCACCACUUUAGCCCAGGAAGGGAGAACAUGAAGCUUGUACCAUACCUUUACCACAUAAUGGGAGACCAGGAAGCCAUACCAUUACUUUAAUACACAAUGGGAGACCAGGAAGCUUUUUCACCACUUUAACACACUAUUGAAGACAAGAAAGCCAUACCACUACUUUUAAAACAGAAUGGGAGACCACAAAGUCAUGCCAUUUCCUAGAAGGGGGGGGGCUGGGGCAAUAAGCUAUACCAGUAAACACAGAGUGAGGAGAGGGGUAUAUCUAAGCACAGUUGAAUUGGGAACAAGGGAGUUGUUAGCCAAUGUUACAGGAAGACACUGUCAUUUACUGACAUGAUAUCAGCCAUGUUCUGUUGCCAGGGAAUUAAUUUAAUUGAAUGGAUAGAGGUAGUGUAGACAUGCCUGUAGCCGACUUGAAGGUCCGCUCAGAGCAAACAAAAAUAUAUAACGUUUGGUGGGAGGUGCACAUCAAUAUGUCUUUAAAAUGACUAUAACAAUCUUUUUUUAUAAUAUUUAUCUUUAUUAUUGCUAUAUGUUAAAAAGUACCCUAUUAAUAACAAGAAAAAAUCUUUUUAAAUACAAGAUUGAUUGCCUAAUGUUAUAAGGCCAGGAGAGGGGUAUACCGGGAAUUUGGUCCGCUGAAAUGGGAAAACGAACCACCCCGCUUAAAAUCCUGGGUACCGGCUUGUAGAUUAUAGUAGAGUAUAGAGUAACAUUUUUUGAAGGAAGGUUUUGGGGUGCUUAAUAUGUUUUUAUGUAUAUUAUUUUUUUAAAUUAUGAAUUCAGAAUAUAAGUAUUAAUAUAUAUUAAAUGGAUGGAUUGUACCGCGAUGGUAAUUUAAAAAAUUAAAAAAAAAAAUUCUUUUUUUUUUUGGUUUUAUUGAAUGGAUAGAGGUUGUGUAGAGAAGAGUAUAGAGUAACAUUUUUUGAAAGAAGGUUUUGGGUUGCUAAAUAUGUUUUUGUGUUUAUUAUUAAUCUUUUUAUUAAUUAUGAAUUCAGAAUAUAAGUAGUAAUAUAUAUGAAAUGGAUGGAUUGUACAGCGGUGGUAAUUAAAACAAUAUAUAUUUUUCUGUUUUUUCCCGUUUUUAUUAAAUUGAUAGGGGUUGUGUAGAGUAUAGAAAAACAUUUUUUGAAAGAAGGUUUUUGUGUUUAUUUUAUUUUAUGUUUUUGUGUUUAUUAUCAAUCUUUUUUAUUAAUGAUAAAUAUAAGUAGUAAUAUAUAUGAAAUGGAUGGAUUGUACAGAGAUGGUAAUUAAAACAAUAUAUGUAUAUUUUUUCUGUUUUCAAAUGUCAAUAAAAAAGCCAAUAAAUCUUGAAAAUCGUUAA